GGGAGGCGUGGCUUAGGAGAUCUGCAACUCGCUACGCCCUACCUCGGAGGCGGUGGCUGUGGAAAACUGACUUCUGCAGGACCGCAGGACCAUGGCGGUGUCGGCCAGGUCUGUGCGGGGCCCUCCCAGCUCAGAUAAACUACAGAAAGGCAAGGCCGGACAGACCUUAAAGUCCAGUCAGGCCAGCUGCAUGGGGAAACUCGUGGGUUUUGAGUGGACAGAUGUAUCCAGCUGGGGGAGCCUUGUGACCCUGCUGAAUCGACCAACGGAUCCUGCAAGCUUGGCUGUCUUCCGUUUUCUCUUUGGGCUGUUGAUGGCACUGGACAUUCCCCAGGAGCGGGGGCUCAGCUCCCUGGACCGAAGAUACCUGGAUGGGCUAGACGUGUGCCGCUUCCCCUUGCUGAAUGCCCUGCAACCACUGCCACUUGAUUGGAUGUAUCUUGUCUAUACCAUCAUGUUUCUAGGGGCACUGGGCAUGAUGCUGGGCCUGUGCUACCGGAUAAGCUGUGUGUUAUUCCUGCUGCCAUACUGGUAUGUGUUUCUCCUGGACAAGACAUCGUGGAACAACCACUCCUAUCUGUAUGGUUUAUUGGCUUUUCAGCUGACAUUCAUGGAUGCAAACCACUACUGGUCUGUGGAUGGCCUGCUGAAUGCCCGAAAGCGGAAUGCCCACGUGCCCCUUUGGAACUAUGCUGUGCUGCGUGGCCAGAUUUUCAUUGUGUACUUCAUUGCGGGUGUGAAAAAGCUGGAUGCAGACUGGGUGGAGGGCUAUUCCAUGGAGUACCUGUCCCGGCACUGGCUCUUCAGUCCCUUCAAACUGAUACUGUCCGAGGAGAUGACGAGUCUGCUAGUGGUGCACUGGUGUGGACUGCUGCUUGACCUCUCAGCUGGUUUCCUGCUCUUCUUCGAUGCUUCAAGAUCCAUUGGCCUCCUCUUUGUGACCUACUUCCACUGCAUGAAUUCUCAGCUUUUCAGCAUUGGUAUGUUCCCCUAUGUCAUGCUGGCCAGCAGCCCUCUCUUCUGCUCCCCUGAGUGGCCUCGGAAGCUGGUGUCUAACUGCCCCAAAAGGCUGCAAGAACUGCUGCCCCUCAAGGCUGCCCCUCAGCCCAGUGCUUCCUGCAUGUAUAAGAGGAACCGGGCCAAAGGCGGCCAGAAGCCAGGCCUGCGCCAUCAGCUAGGUGCUGCCUUCACCCUGCUCUACCUCCUGGAGCAGCUUUUCCUGCCCUAUUCCCAUUUCCUCACCCAGGGCUAUAACAAUUGGACAAAUGGGCUAUAUGGCUAUUCCUGGGACAUGAUGGUGCACUCCCGUUCCCACCAGCACGUGAAGAUCACCUACCGUGAUGGCCGCACUGGCGAGCUGGGCUACCUUAAUCCUGGGGUAUUCACACAGAGCCGGCGAUGGAAGGAUCACGCGGACAUGCUGAAGCAAUAUGCCACUUGCCUGAGCCGCCUGCUUCCCAAGUACAAUGUUACUGAGCCCCAGAUCUACUUUGAUAUUUGGGUCUCCAUCAAUGACCGCUUCCAGCAGAGGAUUUUUGACCCUCGUGUGGACAUUGUGCAGGCUGCCUGGUCCCCCUUCCAGCGUACAUCGUGGCUGCAGCCACUUUUGAUGGAUCUCUCCCCUUGGAGGGCCAAGUUACAGGAAAUCAAGAGCAGCUUGGAUAACCACACGGAGGUGGUCUUCAUUGCAGAUUUCCCUGGGCUGCACCUAGAGAAUUUUGUGAGUGAAGACCUGGGCAACACUAGCAUCCAGCUGCUGCAGGGGGAGGUUACUGUGGAGCUGGUGGCAGAACAGAAGAACCAGACUCUUCAGGAAGGAGAAAAAAUGCAGUUGCCUGCUGGUGAAUACCAUAAGGUGUACACAAUAUCACCCAGUCCUUCGUGUUACAUGUACAUCUAUGUCAACACUACGGAGCUUACACUGGAGCAAGACCUGGCAUAUCUGCAAGAAUUGAAAGAGAAGGUGGAGAAUGGAAGUGAAACGGGGCCUCUACCUCCAGAGCUGCAACCUCUGCUGGAAGGAGAAGUAAAAGGAGGUCCUGAGCCAACACCUCUGGUUCAGACCUUUCUUAAACGCCAGCAAAGACUCCAGGAAAUUGAACGCCGGCGAAACACCCCUUUCCAUGAGCGAUUCUUCCGCUUCUUGCUGCGGAAGGUCUACAUUUUUCGCCGCAGCUUCCUGAUGACUUGUAUCUCACUUCGAAAUCUGGCAUUAGGCCGCCCGUCCCUGGAGCAACUGGCCCAAGAGGUGACUUAUGCAAACUUGCGACCCUUUGAGCCAGUUGGAGAGUCUAGUCCUUCCAACACAGAUUCUUCAAAUUCUGAUCCUCCUGAACUGAAUUCUGACCAUACCCACUCAGAGUUCUAAAGGGGCCAGACAUUGGGUACAGAUGUGGGAGCAGCCAGUUACAGGACCAUUACCUGUGCAGUGGAAAUUUGAAAAAAUCCUUAUAUUUGAUAUACUGUAAUGAAAAUAGUAGCUAAUUAUUCUCAAGUGCUUGUUAUGUGCUAGGUACUGUGUGAAGCACUGUGACUAUGUUAUUACAUUUAGUCCUUAAUGGUCACUAUUUUACAAUUGAAGGCACUGAGGUUGACAAGUAAUAUUUGUUCAGACAUAAACCUAGCAAGGGUUGGAUUGAUGGCUUGAACCUCCUGUCUGACUUAAGGUUUUGCACCCUGCCUCUUGUAAUUUUCAGAAUCAUAAUAAUUCUGGAGUAACAUAGCUUAAAACUUGUUUUCUUAAGUAUGAUUAGGAUGGUGAUCAGGUUCGAAAUGCACACAGAGCAAUUUUCUAUCUAUACAGCUGGUAAGUUUUUCACUAGCAAUUAUGAGAGUAGUUAUAAAGCAGAAUUAAACCAAUAAGGAAAUUUAGAUGAUUGGUAGUCUUUUCCUAAAAAAUAAGCUUUUUAGCAUUAUUCUAUCAUUUAGUGAGAAGGUAGUGUGAAGUAUUAACCAAACUUGGUGAGGUAUUAGGGAAUGUCUGGUCACUUUGUAGGUCUGUAUAUACAAAGAUGAUCAUGGAAGCUCCUCAGUUCUGUGAAAAUUCAAAGGCCUGGCACCAGGCUAGGAAGUGAGAAUGCAUAGGCUUAAAACUCAGUUUUGUAACAGAGAUUAGUAUAGUAGUAAAUUGGCAAUCCCAGUAACUUUGAUAAAGGAUUGCAUCUAUUUUCAUGCUUCUCUUAUGGCCCACCCCACCUUACCUGCUUGGACAGUGACCUCAUUCCCAGGCAGUUUUUCCACUGUACACACUUGGCAUGAUUAGGUCUAUUCCAUGAUUUCUAGUGAUGCUGCUUAGCUUUCUUUCCUGUGCCCUAGACUAUACCUAUUUCCCCCUGGAUGUCCCACAGAGCUAUCCAACUGUCCUGAGCAGAACUUACCUUCAUCCCCAACUCAAGACCUACUCCUUUAUUAGUGAAUGACAACUGUGUCUUGACCUUUUGGCCAUUUGAGUCAUUGGCCUUAAAUCUUUUCCUUGCAUUUCUUAUAACUUCAAGACCUAGCGAUUCUCUUAUUUCUUAAAAUUUUCAUCUCUGUGUCCUUUCAGCCUUUGUAUUAGAAUCCAGUUAGGGAGACCAGAGCAGGGCUAUAAUGUGGUUAUGCAGUUGGGGCCUGAAUAAGGGUACCCCACUGAGGCCAUGUGGGGCCUGGCAGUAAGUUCUGAUUCAUACAAGCAUUGUAUGCAACGGCUGUGCCAGUGUACCUUGAGCACUUAGUAAGAAUGGUGUGGGGGAAACACUGAUUUUAAUCUUUUUGCACAUCUCUCAGUGACAGUUAUACCUCAGCAUUAUAUUACAUCCUUUUCCAUUAAGUUCAGCUAAACUUGGUUCCCUAACCACCAUCACCCUCUUCCCUUUGGUAAGAAAAGUAGCUCCUCACUGUGAGGGGACUUUUGCAUAAGCACUUUUAAUGUAGACAAGGAUGCUGCAGACUCCCAAAUUGUUAGUAUACCAACACUGACUCAUUUUCCCAAUGAAGAUGUUGGGAUGGGAUGAAGAGGAUGUAUGGUCAUCUUAAUACUGGUCUAAGUUGUUCAAGGGAGUAAAUUGGAUUUUGUGCAAGGGCAGCUGUUUUGGGAGUAAGGUAUCAAUGUCCUUUUGGCCGGAAUACUUUUUAGUAUUUUCAUUCUGUGCCCAGCAUUUUGGUCUUUUGUCACGUAUUCCUAAUUGUAAUCACCUUCACCGUCUCAUGAUCAUACAUUCCUGUUUGUAACCACCUUCACCGUUUCAUGCCUUUGCUCCUACUAUCCUCCCUGGGUUAGUGCUCCUCCACCUUCCUAUCUCUAAAAUUCUCUUCCCCCACUUCCCCCAGUGUAUGAUAGAGGACACUUCUUAGGUAUCUUCCUAGCAAAUAUUGAACCUAACCACAAGGCAGUUACUUCUCUGGUGCUGCCCCACCAGGUUACAGGCAUCCAGACAUCCUCAGAUCACCUUAUUCAGUGAACUUAACCUAACCUUAGACCAUAAUGCACUGAUUGACAUCUACAAACUUUACAUCCUAGAGCUUUUGUGUGUCAUGAAAGCCGAAGUUCUCAAAGUUCCUGAGCAAAUUAGAAAAGCUCCAUUGAUACCAAGAUAUAACUUGGCCUCCCCUCCAUUUCUAAAUCCUUAAGCCUCCAGGGAAACAGGUACAAAGCAAGCAUUCCUUGGGUCUCACAUCUGCAGAUCAAAGCAUCAGCAUGCUAGCUGGCUCCUGUCUGUAGUUUUUAGCUCCUAGGCUCAAGAAAAGAUAGUUAAAACUAUGUGGAUUAAUUUUCUGUAAACUGCUACAAAUACAGAUCAACCUUUUGGAAA